AUGGCGUCUAAGAAAACAAUCAUACCCCAGGAGGGUACCGACUCCCAAGGAGUCGGAGAAUCCCUCCCCACGCCUUCGGGCGUGGGCUGCCCCACCGUAUCUGGGGGGGGCACUUACCGCCAGAGGGACGCAAGUCCCUCCCAAUUGUCGACACGGUCGACGAGCCGAGGGUCGCUAAUCCUCGCGCCGACAUCCGACGAGGAAUACGACAGCCUUCCGGAAGCCACAGCGACGGAAGAAUUCAAGAACGGCAGGGGCAGUGUUCCCCGCAAACGGAAGGCACUGGAGGGGCCUACACUAAGAUCGCGAGGCCCCAAAAUCAAUACAGCCACGAGGGGCCGUCACGCUGGUCGGCGAACACAAACUUCGCCACCAAAGAGGAGGGCCGAAUACAUUGAGGAGGACACGCUCCCUGAAAAGGGUGCAAAACUUGGCGAGCCCAAGGGGGGGCGUGCGCCUGCAAAGGCGACUAGUGCGGGGCUGAGCCAGGCUAAGGCCAGGCUAUCUCAAAUGGCGUCGGAAUUCGCCGAAUUCGAAGAUGAGGCGGACAGAGCGGCGGGUUAUUUAAAAGAUCCCCAAGAGAACACCAGUGAGGCCUCAAUAGUGGACGGUCAACUGGAGGUGGUGCGCAAGGCGGCUCGAACCGUACUUGAGGAGGCCAAGAAUUCGGGCAACCUCAAGGGGACAACUUGGGCGAAAAUGAAGGCCGCCUGUGCCGAGAUCCUCGCAGCGGCGGAUAAAAUCUCGGACCGAAGCGAAGAGGCAGAGGUCAUCCGCAAAAUGGCGGCCGACAACAAGAGAAUGCGGGAGGAGUUGGCGCUGCUCAGGCAGGAGACCAAAGCCCUCCGUACCGCAUUCUCGGAGAGGAAGGCCCCCAAUGCGGAGACCCUAGACUCGACGGCCGAUAUUAUGGCCCAAGUUGACCGCUCCAUGCGGUCGUUGGGAGAGUCCCUCACCAGGGACCUUUUCCUCUCUCUGGGGGGAAUGAUGAAUGACCGCAUAAAGGAGCUAGAAAAGAGGGCUAUUGUUGCCCCUCAGGAGGUGCUGCGUCCACCACUUGCGGCUGACCGUCGCAAUAAGGAGGCUGGAAAGGCCCAUGAUGCCAAAAAAGUUAAGGCAGCCAUACAACCCGGAAAUGUGGGGGCAGUUGCAGGUUCCACUCUGAUGCCCCCGGCAAGACCUGGCCCGGCGCCCAAAGCGCCUAAAGCCACAACGGCAAAGGCCCAGCAAGCUCCCUCACAGGAUGCUUCUGGCGCCCCACCCCAGGAGGAACCCUCCCCCUCCUCCUCUUGGACGGAGGUAGUGAAAAAAGGGAAAAAUAAGGGGAAGGGGAAAAAAUCCUCCCCUCCUGAGGUGGAUAGUGCGGCUCCUCGCCCUACGGCCCCCGCACCGGUCAAGCGGCAGUAUGCCCUUCCCAAAUCGACGGCUGUGGUGGUGACUCUCAAGUCGGGUGCCACAGUCGACUACAAAACGGUGAUGGGAAGGGUCACCACUAUAAAACUGGCGACCGUGGGUGUGGAUCACGUGGCGGUGAGGAGUACGGCGACGGGCGCCAGAAUCAUCGAGAUUCCCGGAAACGACAGCAGCGUUGUCGCUGACAACCUUGCUGACAAAAUCCGGGAACUGGUGGGGGAUGUGGCCGAGGUCACGAGGCCGUACAAAACGGCCCAAAUUAAAAUCUCCGGGUUUGAUGAAUCAAUCACCCCGGAGACCUUGCGGAAUGAGGUGUCCCUGGCUGGCAAAUGUCCACCGGAACAUGUAAAGGUGGGGCAGAUCCGAAUGACACGGGACUUUACCGGGGCUGUCAUCGUGACCUGCCCAGUAGCCGUGGCCAACGCCCUCGUGGCAGACGGCCGUAUAUUGAUCGGUUGGUCGUCUGCCAAAAUCACUGGCCUGGAACCCCUGCCCAUGCGCUGUUUCAGGUGCAUGGGUUUGGGCCAUACGAGGGCGCUGUGCCCAUCACCGGUGGACAGGUCGGAACUUUGCCACAAAUGCGGGAAAACGGGGCACCUCACACAGCAAUGUGUUGAGAAGGAGCCCUGGUGCGCGGUGUGCCAUCAUGCCAAACUCCCGGCGAAGCACACAAUGGGAGGGAAGGCGUGUAACCCCCCGCGCACCAGGGGACGACUGGAGCCCACCGGGCUAAAAAGAGUAGGCAACACAAUGGAGCACUAA